AGCGGGCGGAAAUACGCGGCGAGCGAGGGGAGACGCCCUCACUGUCUUGCUCGCCAGAAGUGAUGUAAUCCGCGUGGGGCCGUAAAGACCAGAGAAGUGGAUGUGUGAACUCCUAAACCGUGACCGGCGCGAGGGACGGCCGGAAAAGGUGUUGGUUCCCUCAUACAACGGGAGAGGCUCUGGAGAGAACGUAGAGCGCAUUCUACUCACAGGAGCGCCUAGGGUCAGGAUGGAGGGCCAGAGUCCGAGCAGGGACCGUGGGUUCCUGCUACAGUUUAACUUUGCAAGCACAGUUCGAGUCCCCGUCUCCCAGGACUGGGCAAGGGUUCUGCGCCCUUCACCAUUUCACUAGAAACUCUGGCCUCCUACUCCUAAUGUCCAGUUAUCAGUCCUCUCCUAGUCUGAAACCGGCGACCUUGCUACCCCCCACCCCCAGCCAAGGGGAAGCUGUGCUUUCCAGAUGGCCCACCUGCGGGGCCCUAAUGACACUCGGGGUGCUUUAUUAACCUAGCUCUCUUUAGGACCCAGGAGAAGUCAUUUGCUCCACCCUAUUCCCUGGGCUAGUUCCUGGUUUCUGAGGUGAGAGGACCAUCAUAGGAGAGGUGGCAUUGGCACUGGUGCCCCGUCUGUGGCCAGAAACCCCUCGUGCUCUGCUGUCAGGGUUUCCUCCAUAUUGGAUCAUCAUGAAACUACACCGAAAAUCGGUGCUCAGUUUCUUCCAUGGGUACAGAACACAGGCACCAGACCAGGAGGGCAUCUUACUAAAGAAAGGAGCCCGAAACACCAGCUACCAGCGCCGCUGGUUCAUCCUCCGGGGAAACCUCCUUUUCUACCAGGAACACCAGGCAGACCACACACCACUGGGCCUCAUCCUAUUGGAGAACUGCCAAGUGGAACCACGCCUUAAGGCCACAGAACCCUAUGCCUUUACCAUCCUGACCCCAGGGAUGGAGGGUGUAGGUGGGCGGGCCUACAAGCUAGCAGCAGAAAACCAGGAAGAGUUGGGGACUUGGCUAUGUGCCUUGGCUGGGGUGAGCUGGAGGCGGCUGGCUGUGCUGCUAUCCCCGCUGGAAGCCCAGUAUCGGGAGCUGUGCCAGGCAGCUGGCCAAGAACCCAGCUCACCCCCAGAGAACUGUGACUUUCUAGCUAUUCUCAGUGUCCCCUCUAGCUUCCAGGAGUUGCAUGAGCGCUUUGGGAAGGAGAUCCGGAUGCUCCAGGCCAGUGACAAAGGAGGCAGGAGCCCAGGCAAAUCUGGAGCAGGCGCUCAACCAGUGUUUGUCAAUGAGUGACUGAAUGAUGGACCAAAGGUCAGCAAACUGCUCAGUAGAGACUCAGGUCCUGGCUCUUUCCUUUCUCCCUAGUUCUUAUCCCCAAAACCGCCUCAUCAAAUAACAAGGCAUCAGACAGGCCCAGGUACAACAGCAGGUUCUUUUUCCGGUUCCUCAAAGCAUCGCACGGGAUGGGAGAUGAGAAAGAGAAUGUAAACAUUGGAUUCCACCCCCUGGAGCUCAAGGGGAGACCCCUUACUCAAGGGCUUGAGGGUUGGAAGGGAAUAAGAUAAAGGAUGGGGGUCCUAGUGAGACAAAGCAGAGGCCUGAGAAUACAAAGCAAGGUGGGUGAGGAAGUGGGGGACAUUUCCUAUUUCAGUGCAUGUCCCCUUAAAUAAAUUGGAGUGCAGGAGAACUAAAGGACAAAAGACAAAGCGAGCACCCCCAUCCCGGGCCAUCCCAGUCCUCUGUACAUAAUUACAACACAGAGAUGUUCAGGAGUAGAAUGAAGAAAGCCUUGGCCCCCAGAAAGGAAGUUGGGGAGACCAGGCAGGGCCAAAGAAGGGAAAAGGAACCCAGCUCCACUUGGGAGUAAGGGGAGCCACUGGAGUGUAAGAAUCUGCAAAUGGCCAACUGCCAUUGCCAAGAGUCACCCUGUGGUGACAAGAGGCCAAUCAGGACAGCACCUGGGAGGGGACCUCAGAGGGAACUGGCAGGAGUGACAGAGACCCCAGCUGGGUCUAACUGGAGACAAGAGUCUCCAGACUUGGUCACAGCUGCCCCAUGCACUGUGGCUGUCCUGGUUGUGUAGGGAUCAGCAGCUGGCAAGGAGAUGGGGAGUCAAGCCACUUUCCUCAUCAAGAGGGACACCUGCUGAGGGGCUAGGGGAGCACCCCAGGCCAGGCCUUCUCUUGGCUGAGGGGAAAAGAGAGGGGCCAUGCAGUCCAGCCCCAGGCAGAGGUCAGAAGUAAGCGUCCUGCCGGGCUUCAGCUGCUGAGGAUCUGUCCCCACCAUCCUGGGGUGCUGGGGGUCCAUCUGCCUUUCGACGCAGGGAAAGCUUCCGGCCUUGGCCCUUCUUCUCCUGCUUCUGCCUUUCUUUCUCCUGUUUCUGUUGCUCCUUCUCCUGUUUCUGCCGCUCCUUCUCCUGCUUCUGCUGUUCUUUCUCUUGCUCUUUUUCCCACUUCUGCCGUUCCUUCUCCUGCCUCUCCCGCUCUUUCUCCUGUCUCUGCCGCUCCUUCUCCCGCUCUUUCUCCUGUUUCUGCCGCUCCUUCUCCUGCCGCCGGGUUUCCUUGCCGCCAGGACCCAGAGGGGUGCUGUUGCCAGUAGGUGAGGGAAGGGAUGGGUGCAGUCCCUCGGCAGUGACAACAGGCCCUGGGGCAGGCCCAGCACUAGCCCUGCGGGCAGGAGGGGGUGGGGAGGGGGCCCCUCCACUUGCCCGAGAGCCUCGGCUCUUGAGGCCUGGGAGACUGAGUAGGCUGGAGGAGGGGCCCAAGGGUGGCUGUUGCCGCCUUCGCUCUUCAUGGAUGGCCCGGGAGCCAUGUAGUCUCCGUGAAGGCCGAUACUGCAGCUCUCCCCGGGU